AUGGAACGAUCCUGUGUCAGUAAUUGUGGAGAAGCCCCGACUACCGCUGAUGAGUUGGCUACCUACAACGAGCGAGAAGACAGUUACCAGCGUGAGUUUGCCGAGCACGUCGAAGCGGCCUCGUUGGCAAAGAGCGCGAAGCUGUCGGUGCUGUGCACGCACAUCGGCUUCUCCAGGCUCGACAAGAUGUCGACGGCGUCAAUCCGUGCGCAGCGGCGCGAGGGCUUUCCUCUGCUCACUGCUCGCAUGAAGAAGGCGGGAGCCCUGAACCCGAAAAACAAAGACACUCCGCUCUACAGUGACGAGGAGGUCUUGCGCCAAUUCCUCUGGGGCUCUCCGAAGUUGCGCUUCCUUGUAUGGGAGAUCCAGCGCGUGGUCUUGGGCAAGACCAAGGUCGCCAGCCACAGGAAGCUGCUCCUGAGCUCCCAGUUUCCUCGAUCAGCCGAAAUGUGCCUCAAGCUUGUAGAAUUGGUGGGUAUUCACCUGGACAUCAGUAUGUCCGUCGAUGACCGCCAUAAGAGCAUCCGAGCCUUUGACGAGAAGGACUUUCCACAAGUCCUCAUCACCACUUACGCGCUGAACAUCGCCGGCCACGACGCGCAGCACCGAUGUGCAACAGUACAUCACGUCGAACCGGCCUUCAAUUGGGCUACAGAGCACCAGGCAGGCACGAGGGUCUACCGGAUAGGUCAAGACCAAGAGGUCGAAAUCGUGCGCUUGUUCACCGAAGGAACUUACCAGGAGCUGCAUGAGGCGGGCAUGAUCACGAAAGCCAACUCCAUGUUUGCCGCUUUUGGUGAGCUGCAAUCUGCAAGUGAGAGCCUCGAGGACCGGGAGAAUAUGACGACAGAGGAGAUCGCGAAAGGUGCAUUCGGCAUAGUCCGGGAUCGAGUGCGGGGCCGCGACGACAAAGACGUGCAAUCAGCCAAGGAGGACGCCAUCACCAAGGCGAAAGGCAAGGCGAGAGUACCGUAA